AAACAGUAGUGUAUCGUGCAUUCUGUAAGAGGGUAAAGUCUCUUUUCAAAUUCAUUUUGAAGUGCGCCUUACCAAAGCGGGAAAAAUGUGUUGUUUCUUCUCCUGACUGAGUAGAAUUAGUAUCUAUGUUCCGAUUCAAAUACGUCAUAGAGUCAACAUUUAUUUCCUCUUUGACAAAGUAACUUCAGAUCUAUAAAGGUAAAACAAAUGGAGGCCUCAACAAAGGAUUCAAACUGUAUUGCAAGGAUGGCUCCUAUCUCCGGGGUGCUAUUAACUUUAAGUUUUGCGUAUUCGGUGGGGACUUAUUCCUACGGGGAAUAUGGGCACAAGGCAUUUCACGAUCUGAAAUAUCCAGAUGACGAUUUCCGAAAAAAUCACAGCUCCAAAUCACUGUGUGAAACUAACACAAGUUCAAAGGAGUAUCAUAAGGAACAACGUGUUCAGGCCGAUGUAUCACAAUGGUCAAUUUUUAUGGCCCUUGCUCAAGGAAUACCGUUAUUGAUAUCAGCAGGGUUGUUUUCGUCACUAAGUGAUUCUAAAGGCAGAAAACCCUUCAUUCUUGUGAGCAAUAUCGGUAUAUUUCUGAAAGCCCUUUUCAUGUGUGUAGCAGUGAGAUUUCAGUGGAACAUCUACAUUUUUGUUGUUUUCAGUUUCAUUGACGGUUGUUGUGGUAGCUGGGUUACUCAGAUAUCUCUUGCUAUGGCAAUGGUAUCGGAUUUGACUGAUGUCGGGAAAUCGAGAUCCUUUCUGAUUGCUAUGGUGGGGUUUAUGAUCAGCAUGGGCUACGCCUCUGGAUCAUUUGCUUCUGGUUUUAUCAUCAAUAAGUUAGGCUUCACCUGGGGUCUGGCGAUAUCCAGCAUGACAAGCAUAGUGCCAAUGAUUAUUCUGUACUUUAUCGAGGAAACUCUGGACGAGAGCAAGAGGAUUAAGUUUGACUGCAAUAUGAAGACUUACUUUAAAAACUUGAUUCAAUUUUAUAUCAAGGAUGAUCCUGUAAAUAAACACUCGUCAAAAUGGAGAUAUGUUCUUUCCUUAUCUGCUUUUGUAUUUGUAGUUCUACCCCGACUUGGUUCGUUUAGCGUUGAGAUUUAUUACGUGAUGGACACACCCUUCUGUUUUAAACCCGUGGUCAUAGGGAUAUUUCAGACAAGUAAGACUAUUGUCUCUGAUAGUGUUAUCUUACUUGGGAUAAAACUAUUACAAAAUAAAUUUAAUGAUGAAACUAUAGCUCUGAUAGGAUCGGCUUCUUCAGUUGUGUCUUUCAUUUUGAUCGGAAUCGCACCAUCUACAAGCUUUCUCAUCGUAGCGUCGGUGAUCGGGGCUUUUGGUUUGAGUCCACUUCCGCUAAUCAGGUCGAUUAUGUCCAAAAUGACACCUGUCCACAAACAAGGUACAAUGUAUGCUGGAAUAGCUAUCGUUGAGAACAUCUGUGCCUGUGUAGGGUCUGUGAUGGGGUCCUCUAUCUAUUCUGUCACUGUGGAAGUUAACAGAGGGAUCGUCUUCUUUGUGUUCUCUAUAUUUCUCCUUCUGGCCAGUGUUCUGUUAGUGUUUCUUAUCCUCAGUAACAGAAAGAACAGAAAUGGUUAUGAAGUAAUUCAAGAUUCUGUGGAGGAAGACAGUAUUUCAAAUAUAAACGUCAACGUGACAUGAGAUACACAACCGUGUGUGAUACUAAAAAACAAUGGAUAUUUCCCAUUCUUUCUUCUGUAUUUAUACACGUGCAAGGCAUUCAAACGAAUGAAAUAGGUCCAGGAAUGAAAGUUAUUAAUUUUUUGACACUAAUAUUUCAAAACAAAAGAAUCUCAUGUUUUAUUCCAUAUCAGAGAUUUUAAUUGUUUAUAGUUUUUUUUUCAAGAUCGACUACUAUAUACACAGUUCGUUUUCUUACCCUUUUUUAAAAGAUUUUCUUUAUAUAUGAAUUCGAUUAUUUGAAAUCUUUGAACAGUAUUAACUAUUGAAUCAGCAUGUUUCCUGCAAUGAUCCUUUACCAUGUGAUAUUGGAAAAUUAAUCAUCUAUACAUUAA